AUGACUUUAGAAGGCAUUGUACAUGACUUACCUUCAGAUAUCAUUGAGGAUCUUCAAACUCAAAGUGAAUGCAUUAGAAAUGUUAAUCUUGUCAAUUUUGAUCGAAUGAACGCCAUUUUAGCUGUUUCAGUGCUUAAUAACAUCACAAAAUUGACAAUUUUAAAUUAUCGACAUGAAAAUGAUGUUCUUGGUAUUGUUGACUUGCAACAUUUGAGGCAUUUAGAUCUGAUUAACUCGAUUUCAUUUGCUGAGAUCAUCAACAGUCAAGAUUUGAGGAUUUUGAAGGUUUAUGGCGGUUUCAACACUAGAAAUAGAUUUUCAGAAAAUUAUAAUGAUUUGAGUGCUGGACUCAAUAAUUUCUUGACGAAAUGUAAGCAUUUAAAAAACUUGACAUUGUCAAACAUCCAAAUUUCAAAUCCUAACCCUGAUCUUUUUGAUUUCAAUUUGGACGCUUUGAUGAUCGAAAGUUUCAACUUUGAUGAGGAAAAUUUGAUUGAAUUUCUGGUUAAUCAAAACAAAUCUCUUAAAAAGCUAGCAAUUUUGAACAAUCCACCAAAAUCAAUUAUUUCAGUCAUAAUAUUUUCACAGCUGCCCCUCGAUGAGCUUGAAAUUGAUAUUGGCAUCAUUUCUAGUAGUUUUAAUCCACUGAUUGUCAACAAAACAAUCAGAAAACUAACAAUUAGGUUAUUAGAAAUAUCAUUUGAGUCACUUCUACAGCAUCUCAACUUUACUAUCCUUAAUCUUAAAACUUUAAAACUCUCGGAACUUCCAAAAUUCAUCUCGCCAACAAUUGAAUUUGACAAACUGGAAGUCAUUGAGAUUGACAAAAUUCAAAGUCAGCUCGACAUCGAAAAUUGUCAGUUUUUGGUCAUUUACAGUCCAAAUUUGCAAACACUUAAAAUCAAUUCCAUGGAACGAGAACUUUUCAAAUCCAAAUUCUUCAUCGCAAUCGUGACGAAGGCAAAGAAUCUCAAAAAUAUCCACAUUGGAACUACAUGUCGAUUCUCAUUAGAUAUGAUAAAUACUGUUCGACAGAUUAAAGGAUGUGGACAUCCAUUGAAGUCUAUUUCAUUUGCAUGCUGCAUUAUGGAUAAUAAUAUUGGAUAUAAUAUCAAUGACAUAUUUAUGGAUGGACUUAAGUUGAAUUUUCAUCAAAAAUCAAAUAAAUUCUUUUUCUUUCUGAAUAAUCAGACACAGUUGGGAAGGAUGAAGAGAAAGCUUGAUGAAAGGCAAAAAGAUCUUGAGCAACAAAGGCGAUUGAUCAAUAAAGUCUGGAGUGGUAAACCUCGUACACCUCUCUACAAUCCCGAAGCAAAUCUUGGUCAAUUAAUUCUUAAAAAGCUAAUUCAAUCACCGAAAAGUGUUUUUCAAGUGUCAGAUGAUAACGGGGUUCAAUUGUCCAAUUUUGAGACUUAUCGUCGCUCUAUUAAGUUCGCUGACUAUCUCUCAAAAGCUGGGUUGACACAAGGUGAUGUUAUUGGAACAAUUGUGUCGAAUCAUGAAAACUUGGCGCCACUAAUGUUCGGUUGCUUUACAAUUGGAGUUGCUGUUAAUCCACUGGCAAUUAUCAUGAAUGAAGGUGACAUUGGAUUUAUGUGGGAAAAGACUAAGCCUAAGAUUGUGUUUUCUGAUGCAAAUAUUGUCAAAUUGGUGAAGAAUGCUUUGGAAAAAAUUGGAUCUGAUGCUAAGAUAUACACAAUGCAUGUCAAGGUUGAUGGUUUUGGAUUUAUUGAUGACAUUUUGAGAGUCAAGCUGGAUAUUGAGAAGUUUGAAUUCCCAAACCUGCCAAACACUCCAUCAACUACUGCAGUUAUCAUGUGCUCAUCAGGUACAACAAGUGCACCGAAAGGUGUCUGCAAGUCUCACAAACAAGUCAUAACCCAAAUAUAUCCUCAAUAUCCUUCAAACUUGAUUAAAACUGAUGUGAUUUUCAACAGUUCUCCGUCUUUUUGGGUCACUUAUUUAUACAUGCUGAUGCAAAGCGCUCUUUAUGGCUUCAAGAUGGUCAUAACCUCACAGAGAAUGACACCUGAGUUGUUUAUGGAUAUUGUUGAUCGACAUCAAGUCAGUUUAUUGUUCUGUCCACCGCCGUUUGGUCACGUGUUGUUGAAUUCUCCGAAAUUAAGGAGGAUGGAAAGUCCAUUACGGAUUCUUGUUGCUGGAACUGUGUUUACUAACGAGUAUAUUGAUAAGUUGAAGGAAAUCUUCCCAAAUGGAACGAUUAUGGCCUGUUAUGCAUCAUCUGAAAGUGACAUUUUGGCAUCAUCACUUGAAAAUGGAGUUUGUGGAUUAAGCUCGGGGUAUCCAGCUGAUGGUGUUAAGAUUAAGGUUGUCGAUGAAAAUGAGCAAAACCUUGGCCCAAAUGAUCUUGGCUAUUUUGGUGAUCCUGAAAACUAUUUAAAUGUCUUCGACUCUGAAGGAUACGCACGAACUGGAGAUGUUGGAUACUUUGAUGAUAAAGGUCAACUUUACAUUAUAGAUCGAAUCAAGCACAUGCUGAAGGUCAAAGGUUUCCAAAUUACACCAAUGGAAAUUGAGAAAGUCAUCAAUGAGAUUGAUGGAGUUCGAAUGAGCUGCGUUGUUGGAGUUUUUGAUGAUAAAUUAUUCGAUGACAUUGUUUAUGCCUUUGUUAUUAAGGAUAAGACUAAGGAGGAGCUGAAUGAAGAGUUUGUAGUUGAAUAUGUUAAUAAGAAGUUGAUUGCUGUUAAGAAGAUCACUGGCGGGGUUCAUUUUGUUGAUUCGAUUCCAUUGACACCUUCCGGAAAAGCUUUGUAUCGGGAAAUUAAGAAAAUUGCAGUUCAAAUUCAUGAAAAAUCCAGAAGCUUGUGA